CGCGCGGGUGACAGGUGUGGGGCGGCCGACGGCGACCCGGGGCCGCGGCGGGGGCGGCCUGAAGCCUCAGGGGACGAGACGCGGCGGCGGCGGCGGCGAUGCUGGAGACCCUGCGCGAGCGGCUGCUGAGCGUGCAGCAGGAUUUCACCUCCGGGCUGAAGACUUUAAGUGACAAGUCAAGAGAAGCUAAAGUAAAAAGCAAACCAAGGACUGUUCCAUGUUUGCCAAAGUACUCUGCUGGUCUAGAAUUACUUAGCAGGUAUGAAGAUACAUGGGCUGCACUUCACAGAAGAGCCAAGGAAUGUGCAAGUGCUGGAGAGCUGGUGGACAGCGAGGUGGUUAUGCUUUCAGCACACUGGGAGAAGAAGAGGACAAGCCUAGUCGAGUUACAGGAGCAGCUCCAGCAGCUUCCAGGCUUAUUAGCAGAUUUAGAAUCCAUGACAGCAAAUCUGACUCAUUUAGAGGCUAGCUUUGAGGAAGUGGAAAACCACCUGCUGAAUUUGGAGGACUUAUGUGGACAGUGUGAAUUAGAAAGAUACAAACAUAUGCAGUCCCAACAAUUGGAAACUUACAAGAAAAAUAAGAGGAAGGAACUCGAAACCUUCAAAGCUGAACUCGAUGCAGAGCACACCCAGAAGGCCCUGGAAAUGGAGCACACCCAGCAAGCGAAGUUGAAAGAGCGGCAGAAGUUUUUUGAGGAAGCCUUUCAGCAAGACAUGGAGCAGUACCUGUCCACAGGUUACCUGCAGAUAGCGGAGAGGAGAGAGCCCAUGGGCAGCAUGUCGUCCAUGGAGGUCAACAUCGACAUGCUGGAGCAGAUGGACCUGAUGGACAUCUCUGACCAGGAGGCUCUGGACGUCUUCCUGAACUCCGGCGCUGAAGACAACAUGGUGCCGUCUCCGGUCUCAGGGCCCGGCUCGGGGGACAGUCGUCAGGAAAUCACGCUCCGGGUUCCAGAUCCCGCCGAAUCGCAAGCUGAGCCACCUCCCUCGCCGUGUGCCUGCCCUGAGCUGGCCGCCCCGGCCCCCGGCGACAGUGAGGCCCCCGUGGUCCAGUCUGACGAGGAGGGAGUUGAGGUGGACACUGCCCUCGCCACGCUACACAGCGACGACAGCGACUCGUAGGUCCGCGUGUCCGGGCAGGUGCGGCCGCACGGAACGUCACCAAGGAGGCAGGUGCUUUUGUGACAGGAGGCUCUUGGCUUUUACUCAGUUGCCAAUAAUGUGUGAGAAACUAAGACAGCCGACAAUAAAGCUUGAGGACUUCA